GCCGUGCACCCUGGGAGCUGUAGUUUCUGGGUCCCUCCUCCCGCCUACAAGCUCCACAGAGCAGCCGGAGGACGGUUGCUUGGUAUUGUUAGUAAGCGGGAAGUAUGGCGGCGGCGCGCGGCGGCGCGGCUUUGCCUCCUGGAGAAGCAUCAGUGCUCAAUUGGUCAGGGCAGGGGCUGCAGAAAUUAAGUCCAAACUUACCCUGUGAAGUUGAUGUUCAUACUUUGAUUCUGGAUAAAAAUCAGAUUAUUAAAUUGGAAAAUCUUGAGAAAUGCAAACGAUUAAUACAGUUGUCAGUGGCUAAUAAUCGGCUAGUGCGGAUGAUGGGUGUGGCCAAACUGACCCAGCUCCGAGUGUUGAAUUUGCCUCACAAUAGCAUUGGCUAUGUGGAAGGGCUAAAGGAACUAGUACAUUUGGAAUGGCUGAAUUUGGCAGGAAAUAAUCUCAAGGCCAUGGAACAAAUCAAUAGCUGCACGGCUCUACAGCACCUGGAUUUAUCAGACAAUAACAUACCCCAGAUAGGUGAUCUAUCUAAAUUGGUAUCACUAAAGACCCUGCUUUUACAUGGAAAUAUCAUCACCUCUCUUAGAAUGGCACCUGCUUAUCUACCCAGAUGUCUUGCUAUACUUUCUUUGGCAGAAAAUGAAAUCCGGGACUUAAAUGAGAUCUCUUAUUUGGCAUCCUUAACUGAAUUGGAGCAGUUGUCAAUCAUGAACAAUCCCUGUGUGAUGGCAACACCGUCCAUCCCAGGGUUCGACUAUCGGCCCUACAUCGUCAACUGGUGCUUAAACCUCAGAGUCCUAGAUGGAUAUGUGAUUUCUCAGAAGGAAAGUUUAAAAGCUGAAUGGCUCUAUAGUCAAGGCAAGGGGAGAGCGUAUCGGCCUGGCCAGCACAUCCAGCUUGUCCAGUAUCUGGCUACCGUCUGUCCUCUCAGUUCUGCGCUGGGUCUUCAAACUGCAGAGGAUGCCAAACUCGAGAAGAUUCUGAGCAAGCAGAGGUUUCACCAGAGGCAGUUGAUGAACCAAAGCCAAAAUGAAGAGUUGUCUCCUCUUGCCACUGUUGAAACGAGGGCAUCUCUUGUACCUGAGCGUUCAAGCCCUGUUCAAGAUUGUCAGAUAGUCCAGGAAAGUGAACCCGUCAUCCAAGUCAAUUCUUGGGUUGGGAUAAGCAGUAAUGAUGACCAAGUAUAUGCUGUUAAGAAUAACUUUCCAGCCUCUGUUCACACUACAAGAUAUUCUCGAAAUGACCUGCACCUGGAAGACAUCCAGACCGAUGAGGACAAGUUAAACUGUAGUCUUCUCUCUUCAGAGUCUACUUUUAUGCCAGUUGCAUCAGGACUCUCUCCAGUAUCGCCUACAGUUGAGCUGAGGCUACAGGGCAUUAACUUGGGCCUAGAAGAUGAUGGUCCUGGAGAUGAAUCUGUGAAAGGGUUAGAAAGCCAGGACUUUGAUAAGGAAGAGGAAAAGGAUUUUUGGGCUGCCAGUGAGAAUUCUGUCCAAAUGAUGAAAAAUGCGAUUAGUACAGAGGGAAAUGAGAAAGAUAGUCUGUUACCUUGUCCUGAGCCAGCAAUAACUAGUGCUGUCUUGAAGGUUAACACCCACAGUCUUACAUCUUUUCCUGAGUCAGUUGGGCACAAUGUCUUCCAUACACAGCCAGGCAGUGAAGAAACCGUGUCUCAGACAGCUGCAGAGAAACUUCCCUGCAAGGUUUUAACCCAGACAUCUGUUGCUUUGGGCCAAGAUAAAGUUGCCCUUCAGAAGUUGAAUGAAGCAGCCACCAAGCUUCAGGCCUGUUGGCGGGGCUUUUAUGCCAGAAGUUACCACCCACAAGCCAAAGAUGUGCGCUAUGAGAUCCGGCUGCGCAGGAUGCAGGAGCACAUUGUCUGCCUAACUGACGAAAUUAGGAGAUUAAGAAAAGAACGAGAUGAAGAACGCAUUAAAAAAUUUGUACAAGAAGAGGCUGUCAGAUUCCUUUGGAACCAGGUAAGGUCUCUACAAGCUUGGCAACAGUCAGUGGACCAGCAAUUAAGUUCCUGGCAGAUCGAUGUUCCUCCUGUAUCAAGUACCUUGGUGCCACCUAAACCUGCAUUACUCACCCGAAGUCAGGAGCCCUCUUCUGAUCAAAAUUCUGAUUGGUUCAUUGCUCCUGAUGAAGCUUCUCAAGAGAAAUCCUUACCAGAAUUUCCAGACUCUGGUUUUCAUUCCUCCCUAACAGAACAAGUACACUGUUUACAGGAUUCUUUGGAUUUUGAAAAAAGUUCCACAGAGGGUAGUGCCACGGUGUUGGAUGCAUAA